AUGGGGCUCACUGGGCGCGAGCCUAGACGUCUCCCGAAGCCCCCGCCCAUCAAGUGGCGUUCCCCGAGGGCGGAGCGUCGGCGGGUCCCCCGGGAGCAGCAGGAGCGGUUCGGGGCAGGCGCCCCCAGCGCCGAGGUGGAAAGAGCGCGGCGCCUCCCUCCGGGGGCGAGUGCGGCUGCGCGCGCCGUGUGCCCGUGUCCGGAGAGCGGCGGGCUGGACGCGGACCGCGCGAGCGAGCAAGCGAGCCAGCGAGCCGAGCAGCAGCCCGGGCGGCAGCAGCGUCGCGGCGGCGGCGGCCGCUCCGCGCCUCGCCUUCCCGGCCUCGCCGGCCUCGCCUCGCCGCGCCCGGACCCGCCACCCCCGCCUCCCGGGCCCGACCACCGUAGCCCCCUCGCCUCGGCCGGCAGCGCCAACUGCCUGCCCCAAGCGAGGCGCGGAGCGCGGGGCGCGGAGGCACCGGAGCCAGUGCCCGCCGGCCCCGCAGAGCAAACCCGGCCCGGAGAACCCCUGCGCGGCCCCGCGCGGCUCAGCCACAGUCCGGGAGCUGUCCCUUCAGCACCGCCGCCGGAGCCGGAGCCGGAGUCCGAGCGCAGCCCAGCGGAGCCCCAGCUCGAGCCGAGGCGCACCGAGCGCAGCGCUCUGCGGCCACCGCACCGAGCAGCGCCCCGGGUGCCCCUGCCCAGGGGGCCCGCCAUCUCCUCCGAGAGGCGGGGAGAAGGAGCGAGGAGGGCGGGCGGGCGGGCAGGCGCGCCCGCCGCCGGGGGGAGCAGGCAGCCAGGCAAGGAGAGAGGGAGGGGGCCGGAGCCCGCCCUGCGCCCCGAGCUGCAGCCCGGCCACGCAGGGAGGAAAGCGGCGGGCAUCCAUCUCCCCCGCGCCGAGAGCGCGCUGCGGCGACCACCGCACAGCAGAGCGCGAAUUUCCCGGCCUUCUCUCCUCCCCUCCCCCUUCCGGGGGCUGGUCUAUCUGUCCGGCCCGGGGGACAGCUGA